AUGCAAGCCCUUUCUUCCAUUCUUACUAGACGCCCUGUGCUCUCGUCAAGAACUGCUGCCAGUCGAAUUACGACACUAUCCAGACACUUCUCAGCAACUUCGCUCGCCAUGGCUCCCAUUUCCAAGGAGAUCGAUUUCCUUGUGAUCGGGGGCGGUAGCGGAGGCCUCGGGGCUGCUCGUGCCGCGAGCUCCCGGUAUGGAACCAAGGCCAUGAUUAUAGAGGGCAAGCGGUUAGGAGGCACAUGCGUCAAUGUUGGAUGUGUACCCAAGAAGGUGACCUUCAACGCCGCAUUCAUUGCCGAGACAGUUCACCAAGCCAAAGACUACGGCUUCAGCCUCCAGGAGACGGCGCCGUUCGACUGGUCCACCUUCAAGCACAAGAGAGAUGCCUACAUCAAGCGGCUGAACGGCAUCUACGAGCGCAACCUGGCCAACGACAAGGUCGAGUACGUACACGGAUGGGCGAAGCUGCUGUCCCGCAACCAGGUCGAGGUGACACUAGACGAUGGCACCAAGGAGGUCGUCAACGCCAAGAAAAUCGUGGUGGCCGUCGGCGGAAACCCCACGGCCCCGCCUGCGAUUCCCGGCGCCGACUUUGGCACUAACAGCGAUGGCUUCUUCGACAUCGACACACUGCCCAAGAAGGUGGUGCUGGUGGGCGCGGGCUACAUCGCCGUCGAGUUUGCCGGCAUGUUCAAUGCGCUAGGCGUCGAGACACACCUGUUCAUCCGGUACAACACCUUCCUGCGCAGCUUCGACCCCAUGAUCCAGGAGACCGUGACCAACGAGUACGAGCGGCUGGGCGUCAAGGUCCACAGGAGCACCAAUCUGGACCAGGUUCUGAAGGACGAGGCGUCGGGCAAGCUGACGGUGCACUACAAGGGGGCGAAGGGCGAGGGCUCCGUGGCGGAUGUUGACCACCUAAUAUGGGCGAUUGGGCGCACUCCGGCGACGAGCGGCAUCGGGCUCGAGGAGGCCGGCGUGAAGCUCAACGAGAAGGGCCACGUCGUGGUGGACCAGUACCAGAACACGAGCGUCGAGAACAUCUACGCGCUCGGCGACGUGUCGGGCGAGGUCGAGCUGACGCCGGUUGCCCUCGCAGCGGGCCGCAAGCUGGCCGCGCGGCUGUUCGGACCCGCCGAGUUCAAGACGGCGCGCGUCGACUACACCAACAUCCCGUCGGUCGUGUUUGCGCACCCCGAGGUCGGCUCCAUCGGGCUCACAGAACCGCAGGCCGUCGAGAAGUACGGCCGCGAGAACCUCAAGAUUUACAAGACAAACUUCACCGCCAUGUACUACGCCAUGAUGGACCCCAACCAGAAGGGCCCGACGGCCUACAAGCUCAUCUGUGCCGGCCCGGAGGAGAAGGUGGUCGGCCUGCAUAUUCUCGGCCUCGGCAGCGGCGAGAUGCUCCAGGGGUUUGGAGUCGCUAUCAAGAUGGGCGCGACAAAGGCCGACUUCGAUAGCUGCGUGGCUAUCCACCCGACGAGCGCGGAGGAGCUGGUCACUCUGAGGUAA